CUUGCCCAUAGCUCGUCGGAUGCGCGACCACUCGGUACGCGUCAGUUGACGGGUUCUUAAAAACGGGAAGCUCUGUUUGAGAGGCCCAAUGGAAUGGCCAGAAAGUCUAUCGCGUUUGUCACUUGCAAGCCCAUCUCUCGAUGAAGCGGAUUUCUCCUGUUUGAUCGAGAUACCACUGCCCCCAGGACCACCGGAAGCUCCGGAAAUCGAUGAGUUUAACUGAAAACACGAUUUUUGUUCGAAAAGGAAAGCAAAAGCAGCGACGGUUUUCCGACUGCACCCUGUUUGUGGGUUUGUGUAUCUCGGUCUUAAAGGCGAAUCUAUUUAAUAAGAGAUGGAAGUGCUCAGGAUUCGUGAGGAUAAGCUAACCUCGAAGCUUGACCGGGACUCAGCAGUUGAAGCAAGAAUUCUGUUUCUAACUAACGUUGCAAGUCUAUUACACAAGGUCCAAUCGGCACGGAAUGGUCUGCCAGAAAGACGAAAGCAGUUAGAGUUACCAGCUGUCUACCUUCACCGAGCGAACAUGCUUCGGUACGAAGAGUAUGGUAAAGCGGGUAACAUCUUCCCAAAAGAUAUUGUAUGUCAAAAAUGCGGCAUCCUGUGGACUCCUUCAUAUCUGCGUGUAGACCUCCGGAAGAGCAAAAAAAUUUCUGAUGGCAAACUUAAACGCCUACAAGAAAAACAAACGCAUAGACCUUGGACACUUUCUAAAUUGCAGAAGAAGCUGUUGAAACAGCACGCAAAAAUGGCUGCAGAGCCGUAUCAAUUUCGAUAUGAGUGCAAGCUGUGCGGUGCAAAAGCUUUGAUCAAAGUUCCCACUACUACAAAUUCCACUGGACCUGCAGGAAGUACAAAUCACUUCUCCAGUGCAUCAUCCGGGUCCCUGAACGUUUCCGAUAAAUUCGCAACCAAAGCGACACAGCUGACUCGAGAAUCGAUGGCUUCCACGCAUCUUUGUGUUAGCUCGACUCUAGGACCCAGCCGGAAUACAACCGGAACAAACAAAAACCGUAAAAGUCUCUUAAAACAAGUGACCGAAAUGAGCGAGGCAUCCAAGUUGAGAUCUCCACUACAGGCCUUUCUUUCUAGCUUAUGAAAAAUUUCGGGCACAAGCUGCGCCUACUCUCAGACUAGAUGAGAUAUAUCAGCUGAAUAUCUGAAGAAUCGACCAGAAACGUGAUUAACAAACCUAUUUAGAUAUUUUCGAAAGAAGAGGGAAUAACUUUUGCCGUGCCAUAUCCACAAUGGACAUUUUCAUGCCUAUUUGGUCUAAGCACGAAUGUCUUUGAGCUCAAGAUGUCAUAACCACUGAAGAAACCUUGUCCAGUAAGAACUCUUGCAGUUUUUGUAUGAAAGAAGUUAAGUGCACUCGUGUAUAUAUUAUAUAUGAACUUAGCUAAUGUGUAUCAAAAUUGCAGUACAGGGAUACUAGUAAUAAAUUUUAAAGACGCAUGAAGGACAGCGCGAUGAAAUACACUAUGCUGUUUUUAUUCGUUUACUGCGUUAGCAACUAUGCACUAUUAGAAAACUGAGGUGCACAUCUUUUUGUAUAACCUAUAUUUAUAUAAGCAAAGUAUUAAUUAGAAGACUAUUUGCUCGACUUGAGUACAAUUAUCAGAAAAACAUGGGUUUCUUGAUAGAAUAGAUUAAUUCACAAUAUAUAGACAUAUAAAAGCGAAGUAGUACG